AUGAUGAAAGACUACAAUAAAGACUACAUAAUGACGAUGCUUGCUAAGGGAUUAGCUGUUAAACUGGUCCUUUCCUUUAACCGUGGUACUACUUCUACUACUAGAGAUCCAGAUAUUGAUGAGAUCAACGAUAAGGAGGAUGACGAGAAUCAAUAUAAUGAUGAUGAUGAUGAUAACAACUACAAGACAGAAGUAUCAGGGUAUGAUGAUAAGACAAUACGUAUAGAGUGUGAGAGGGAGGAGGAUGCUUAUCUAUGGUUUAAAGCUCUUACGAUUAUCUUAUCUACAAAUGAUGAUGAUGCUGUUUCUGAGGCUGACACUGGGGAGAUAGUAACCGAGGAUAGUUAUGAGGUGGUGGAAACUAGUGAUGGUCAUCUUAUCAUAACCAAUGAUGAUAAUGAUAAUGAUGAAUCGCUUGCUACUGUAGAUGAUGAUACUACUGGUGAAUCCCUUUCCCAUAUUGUAUCGAUCGGUCCUAAUAACAAUUAUGAUAAGUUUGUAGAGGAUACUGCUGCAUCCCUUAAGGAUGGCAGGAUACCUAAAUUACCUUCUGCACCAUUGGAUCAAAUAUUCAAGAGGAAUAUGAUACCCAAAGAAGGGCUUAUAUUGGACUUUGGUAUUGGUACAGGAUGGUUUACACGCUACAUUGCUGGUCAACUUGAUGGUAGGAAGAUGUACGGUUUUGAUAGUUUUAAGGGUUUACCUAGUGAUUGGGUUCCAAAACAAGGGGCAAUGCCCGAGACUGGUAAAGGAUCAUUUGCUCAGACUAAGCUACCAGAUAUGCCCGAUAAUGUGGAAUUGGUUGUGGGUAUGUUUGAUGAUACUUUACCAGGCUUUGCUAAGGAACAUGCUAAUGAUACCAUAGCCUUACUUCAUAAUGAUUCUGUAAUGUAUGAGUCAACUGUUAGUAUUUUCAAAAAUCUUGGUCAUAUGAUUGUCCCUGGUACCAUCAUAGUAAUGGAUGAAUUAUUCGAUUAUCCACAAUAUGCUAAACAUGAGUUAAAAGCAUUCUUCGAAUACCUAGUAGAUAGGUCUAAGAUUAUCGGUGAGGAUUGUGUAUUCGAAUGGAUUGGUACUGGUGAUGUAUUGUUGGAGGAUUGUUUUACUGAUCCUAAAUAUGACUAUGGUAUUUACAUCGAUCCUACUGGUGCCAAGUUAGUAUCACAGAAUAUUAAUUUAUUGAUGAGAUGUGGUAUCAAGAUGAUUAAGGUGUAA